UCAAUUCCAUGGAGACCGGCUGGGACCCGGAGAGAUAUAGAAGAGGAAUAAACUAAGGAAGAGUCUUUUUUAGGGACAUUUUCUGGGGGAGGAGGCAUUCAGCAUCCUGAAGUUUCGUGCACUCUAGCCCCAGUAGUACAUAAGGACUGCUUUUCCACACCUCUAACCUCUGCAGAUACUCAGAAAGGGUCAGCCAAUUCCCACUAACGUUUGAAGGGAACCCUCCCCGCGUCACAAGCGAUCACUGAGAUUUGAGAGGCUUGGGCCUCGCACAUGCGCUUUGGGCACCUUUAAUCCCGGCCCUUUAUGCUCAGGCGCAGGCGCAGCGACGCGGGUUUCAGAGGUGCGCAAGCGCAGUUGUGCUUGCAGUCACCGCCUGGUUACUGUUACUCUGUGCUCCGAGAUUCCAAACCGCUUAGCUUUGCUACUGUGAUGUAGUGGCGAGGUCGGUUUGGCUUAUCUCUAGCGCUAAUUAGUGUUGGUGUUUAGAGGCAGCGAAAAGCCGAGCGGAAGGUGAAGUGUUGGUGAAGCCUCUAGGCUUUGCGAUGAAGAAGUUUUUUGGUUUCGGGACUGGGAAGGGGCGUUCAUCCCCGACUUUUCGCACGGAGCUGAUGAAUGGCUUGCAGGCCCCGGUUGACAAGAAUGAAGGAGUCAACAAGUCGCAGCACGGGUAUAACGUCCGCAUGAAAGAUCUCAAAAAGAUCCACAGAGCUGCCUUCGUGGGCGACGUAGCGAAAAUGCAGCGGUUGCUACUGCUUGGGAAAGACCUGAAUAAAAGAGACAAGAUGAAACGGACUCCUCUCCAUCUGGCCUGUACCAUCGGCCAUGCCGACAUGGUGACUCUUCUUGUAGAGAGGAAAUGCCAGCUUAACCUCUGUGAUAGAGAAUGUAGGACUCCUCUAAUGAAGGCUGUACAAUGCCAGGAAGAGGCAUGUGUAACUAUUCUUUUAGAACACGGUGCUAAUCCACAUCUUACGGAUAACUUUGGCAAUACUGCCCUCCACUAUGCUGUUGCUGGUGACAACACGUCAAUAGUAGAGAAGCUGAUUUUAUACCAUGCAAAUGUUGAAGCAAGAAACAAGUUCGAACUCACACCUUUUUUACUUGCUGUAAAUGAAAACAAACACCAAAUGGUGGAAUUGUUAAUAGGAAAAAAAGCAGAUGUACAUGUGGUUGAUAAGUCGAAAAGAACAGCCCUCAUGCUUGCUGCAACUUCUAAAUCUCCAGAUGUAGUCAGGCUUCUUCUUCAGCAAGGUAUUAAUCCCUCUUCUCGAGAUGAAUGUGGAUGGACGGCAGAGGACUAUGCUGCUUUUAGUGGAUUUGAUGUCAAUCGCCAAAUAAUUGCCCAACAUACAGAAGAAAGACUUAAAUAUUUUUCUCAAAAUAACAAUCCAGUGGCAAAUAAGACUUUUGAAGAAGACUCUUUAAGCAGUAUUUCCGUUAAACCUGGUGAUGAUAAUGCUUCAUGGCCUACAUCAGAUGAUGAAGACUUAAGUUUGAAUAUGAAGAAUACCUCAAAACCAAACUUAAGAAAACUAAUGAAUGUUUCUCAGCGUUUCAAGAACUUGGAAACAAAACUUGGCCUUGUAUCACCGGGAGAUAAAACGUUAUUUGAGGAUGAGAGUUUUGAUAACAAAUGUGAAGAUAUGGUUGGCGUUCCUUCCAAACCAUCCGUCAACGUCUGUGACUCUUCUCCUCCUGCUUUGCCAUCACCUGAUUCUAUUCUAAAACCUCCUUUCACAUUGUUAGGCCUUGGUCUCACAAAGGAAGGAGAGGAGCAGCCAGCAAUUGGAACAAAGGACGAUGGUAUUACUGAAAGUGUUCCACAAGAGCAAACAGUUAAUGACUGUUUGACUUCUGCUGACAGGGCAGAUAAAAAUGAUAGACAUGUUAUGCUGUCAGCAUUAGGAUUCACAGAACAAAAUGAAGAAUCACCUUGGGAUUCUGAGAGUAAUUCUGAAAGUCUUCCAGAGACAUACAUUGAUCAUUUAUCUGGAAAUGCAGAUCAGAAAGGGACAAGUCCAUUAAAUGAACAAGUAGAAGAUGUGUUUUAUAUACCUUCUUGCAUGAGUGGAUCAAGAAACUUUAAGAUGGCUAAACUAGAGGAUACAAGAAAUGUAGGCAUACCAGUAGCCCACAUGGACUCUCUGGAAAAAUAUUCUUUCUUGAAGCCUACUGUCGAGGAGAAAGAUUCUGUUCCUAAGAAAGGAGGAGAAAUGGAGGAAAAACAGACAUCGAAAUCAGAUUCUCCAGGAAAAUGUUCUUACUUGAAGCCUGCUGUGGAGGGGAAAGGUUUUGUUCCUAAUGAACCCAGAGAAAUGGAGGAUAUACAAGCAUCCCAAUCAGAUUCUCCAGGAAAAUAUUCUUACUUGAAGCCUGCUGUAGAGGGGAAAGAUUUUAUUCCUAAUCAACCCAGAGAAGUGGAGGAAAUUCAAGCAUCCCAGUCAGAUUCUCCAGGAAAAUAUUCUUACUUGAAGCCUGGUGUUGAAGUAAACCAUUCUCUUCCUAAUAAACCAGGAGAAAUGGAGGAAAAAGAAACAUCCGAAUCAGAUUUUUCAGCAGAACUAGACUUAGAAAUGACAACAGAAGAAGAGGAAGAAAGUCUUAGUGAAAGUGAAAAUAAACACCUGCAGAUUGAAGAAACGGAGAAGCACCAAAAUGAUGAAAUGGCAGUAUUGGAAAGCAUAUAUGCUUCUGCUGCUGCUGGACUAAUGCAUCCAAUAGGGAGUGGAAAAACUGAUAACAACCUAUGUCGUAUUACGGAAAAUGAAGAAUCUGAUGGUGAUCCUGCUUUGGAUACAAAGGAAUUAAGGAAAGGGGAAAAAGAAAAACAAACAUCAGAAGAAUCUGUGAUUACACCAAGGUUUGAGAAAGCCCCUUCUCUAACUUCUCGUCCACUACAAAUGAAUGAUGACAGCACUUCAAGUGGAAUGGAUCAGGAUGAAGGAAGACCUGCAAAGAAAACAUCUAGUGAAGAGGAAGAGGUCAAAAAGCAAAUUGAUUCUAUGGAUGACCUUGAUGACUUAACUCCGUCAUCUGAAACAAUUUCGGAGGGUUUCCACGUGCCUUGCUCUAAUUAUAUGACUUGCAUGUCGCUAAUUGAACAACAUGGGAUGGAUUGUAAAGAUUCUGUCAGUUUACUGAAAAUCCAGGAUACGGUUCUUUCAUAUGGAAGAUUAAUAGAACUAAAAAAAUAUCACUGUGGACAACUUAAAAGAAAAAAUAAAAAAAUGGAAAAUAAGGCUAAGGGACUGCAAAAGGAGCUAUCAGAAAAAAAAGAAAUGCUAUCGAACUUGGAGCUUCAAAAAGUAGAAUGGGAGCAAGAACUCUGCAGUUUGAGAUUUACUUUAAAACAAGAAAAAGAAAGAAGGAGAAAUGCUGAAAUGUUAUAUGAAAAGAUUCAGGAGCAACUAACAAGAAAAGAAGAGCAAUAUAAUAAAGAAGUUGAAAUGAAACAAGAACUUGAACUUAAUCUUAGGACACUAGAUAUGGAACUGAGGACUGUAAAAAAUGAUUUCAGUCAGGUUGUGGAAGAAUGGAAUGAUACUAAGAAACAACUUUGUCGAGAACAGGAUGCCAGAAUAUUACAAGAUGGAAUUCUAAACAAUCACCUUUGCAAACAAAAGGAGAUAGAAAUGGAUAACAAAAGGAGUUCUGGGAUUUCUAAUAGUUGUGAAAAAGAAAAAUAUCUGUUGCAUAACAAAUACAUGUUGGAGGAUCAAAUCGCUAUGCUAAGACUGGAAAUAGACACAAUAAAUAACCAGAACCAGGAGAAGGAAAGGAAAUACUGUGAAGACAUUGAAAUUUUAAAAGAAAAGCAUGUCAGUCUUCAGAAGACCAUAAAACUGACUGAGGAAAGAUUAACUAACACAGAACUCCAGCACAGUGGACAGAUUAAUGCUCUGACCAUUGAGAACACAAUGCUAAAGUCUAAACUGGAGAAUGAAAAGCAAAACAAAGAAAGACUAGAUGAAAAUGUUGAAUCGUACCGUGCUAGAUUAGCUACCGCUAUACAGGAUUAUGACCAAAGUCAGACAUCAAAAAGAGACCUAGAACUUGCUUUCCAGAGAGCAAAAGGCGAAUGGUUUCGUGUACAGGACAAAUUGAAUUUUGAUGUGUCUAAGCUAAAAGAAGAUAAUGAGCUUCUUUCUCAGAACCUUUCUGAAGCUGAAAGUAAAUUUAAUACUCUGGAAACUGAGCUCCAUCGCACAAGAGAUGCUCUCAGAGAAAAGACUUUGGUUUUAGAACGUGUACAAAGAGACCUAAGUCAAACACAGUGUCAGAAAAAGGAAAUUGAACACGCGUAUCAAAGUGCACAAGAUAAAGUGAGUAAAUACAUUGGGAAGCAGGAAUCCUUAAAGGAGAGAUUAUCUCAACUACAGAGUGAAAAUAUGUUGCUUCAACAGCAACUAGAUGAUGCUUACAACAAAGCUUCCAGUAAAGAAAAGGUAGUAAUUAAUAUCCAAGACCAGUUUCAGGAUAUUAUAAAAAAACUUCAAGCUGAAAGUCAAAAGCAAGCUCUUGUAAUAGAAGCAAGCAAGCAAGAGUUAAUCAAUGAACGUAAUCUUUUAAGAGAAAGAAUGUAUGUGUAUGAAAAGGAGAAAGUAGAAAGAGAAGUAGCUGUGAGACAACUUCAAGAAGAACUGGCCGAUACCCUAAAAAAACAGUCUAUGUCAGAGGCAUCACUGGAGGUGACAUCACGUUGUCGUAUGAAUUUAGAAGAUGAGGUAAAAGACUUAAAGGAAAAACUGGCUCAGAGUAGGAAUCAGUUGCAAGAUGCUCAAGAACGACAUGCAGAGGCUGUAAUGCGUAUUGAGACGUUGAAAGAUCACGUGCAAAAGCUUGAAGUUGAAAAUGCCGAGUUAAAAGAUACCAUCAAAAAGCAAGUGGGAAAAAUUGAACAGCUUCAGGAAAACACAUUAAGUACAUGUUCAUCUGACGAUGAAAAGGAACAGAUAAAGAAAUUUAUUGAGUUAAAACAAUCUCUUGAAUGUAGUUUGAAUCAAGAAAUGAAGAAAAAUGGUGAAUUAGAAAAAGAGAUUACUAGAUUUAAGAAACUUUUAAAAGCGACAAGAAAAAAGUUAAGUGAAUGUGGAAAUGAAGAUCUUAGUUUCCAUGGAGAUUUAAGAACCAGUCAUGCUGAAACGGAUAUUCAGAUUAAUAUGCUAAAACACAAGGUUGAUGAUCUUACAGCAAAACUGGAAACUCUGUCUUCAAAAAACCAGGUUCUUACUCAGGAAUUAUCAUCUAUGAAAGAAAUACAGACAAAAUGUGAAAAACUAGAGAAGAAUAAAAAGAAGUUGGAACAACAAGUAGUAAACCUCAGAAGUCGUGUAGAAGUCAACAUGGUAGAAUACAGUAAAAUAGAACAAUAUAAACGGGAGCUUGAAGAAAGAACAAGAUUGAACAUAGCAGAAAAAUUAAAAGAAGUCAAUCUGUUUUUACAGACACAAGUAGCAUCUCAAGAAAGCUUAGCACAGUUAAGAGAAAAUACUAAUGCUUCACUAAGAAGUCAAAUGGAACUCAGAAUUAAAGAGCUGGAAUUUGAAUUAUUCAAAAUGAAAAGUUCUCAAGAAGAUCUUACUAAAACAGAAUUGGGCAGAUACAAGCACCUCUACCUAGAAGAAGUAAUGCAUCGAACGUCAUUGACAAAUGAACUGAACAAGACUAGUGAGAGGCUGGCAGAGACCAGUACCAAACUUCUGGUGGAGAAGCAACAGAAGCAAACUUUGCUUGACACUAUUAAUAUGAGGCCAGCCCUUGAUCUGCCUUAUGGUAGAAAUGUUAAUAAUAGUUCACUAUUCAAUAGAAAUGUUGCUCUAAGAGAAAACAUGGUGAUUCCUACCUCAAACUCAUGGCGUUCAAGUAAGGACAUCGGGACUUUCUUGACCAAGAUGCAGCAGGAGUUGGAAAAAAAUAUAACUAGAGAACUAGAAAAAGUUGCUGCUGAAUUUGAAUCAGGCUCAUCUGGUGGGGCCACCUCUUUAGAAUCUACUUUUGAAAGACAUAUAAAUUGUGAUGAUGUACAGAAAGCAUACAGAGAGUACUCAGAGUUUCUGAAGAAAAAGUAUAGCAUCUGAAAGAUAAAUAGUAAAAAUUUAUUUACUGGAUGUUUAUACAACAUUUUAAUUGUUUCCUAUUAAAUGGAUGAUAUGCAAAAAAUCUUUCUUAAAGGAAAAUAUUUUUGGA